CUCGCGUCCCUCUCACACAUUAAUUCUUGCACGUACCAUCUGUAUAGAUAUUUUCGUACGCGUGUAUAUAGAUAUGCUUUGUUGUGGGAAAUCCUUUUUGCUCGACGAACUCUCGGCCACUCUGUGAUCUUUUAUACACUCAAAUCGUGAACGUGUAUUUUUAUGUAUUUGUAUAUAUGCGUGUUGCCGCUCACGCUCUCCGGUAGCCAUGCUGAAUUUUACCAGCACACUUCUUCGACUUGCUGGCAUCAGUGUCGCAGUAACUUUGCCGUAGAAUGGAUCGUUCCUCUUCCGCGACUCGAGCAUACGCUUUGAUGAUGAAGAAAUUUUCGCGAACCGCACUUGUCUGCCUUUUUCUACUAUUCGUCACCCAGGUUAACGGAUAUUCGAAGUAUGGGAGAACGUGCAAAGAUAUUGGUUGUCGAUCCACAGAAAAAUGUACAAUGGUCGAUGAAUGCGAUGUCGACGGUCGCAAGUGCGGUUAUCCAACGUGUGUACGUGACGAUAGCAUUAGAAUAACUUGUGCUACAAAACUAUGCGGUGGUGGUCAACGUUGUGAGGACAAGAAUGGUGCGCCAGUUUGUGUCAAUAACCCGUCCAUUUCUGGAUACGAUUCUGCGGGCGUUUCGGUCGUCAACGGUCAUCGCACGCCCACCGACAGCAACAACAACAACAACAACAAUCACGGUUAUGCACCAACGAACGUGAAUCCUUACGCAAAUGCGAACGCCCCGCCGUCGGUCGACGAACCUGGAAGAAACCCUGUCUCGUCCUCGACGAAUUACGGAUACCCGCCGUAUCCGAGCUCCUCAAACAGCAACAACAACAACGGCCGUGUGGCUUCUUAUCCGCCGGCCUCCUCCGGAACGAACCUCGGUUAUCCGCCGUAUCCGACGCAAAAUCGCAUGCCGAUGCCCGGACAAAUCGGCGUUUAUCAACAACCACCGCCGCCUCAAGCCGGCGGAUUUUAUCCUGGUAGCCACGCGUCUGGUUAUCCGGGAAAUCAGCCGUAUCCGUCCCACUCGAAUUACCCUUAUCAGACGAGAAAUUACAACUCGAACGCUCAUUAUCCCCGAUACAGAGGGGCCUCGGCGAAAUCCACUUGUGCACAGCUCUGCCACGUCUUGCUUGCAACAUUGUCUCUCGCAAUCGCAACGCGUUACCUCUCGUGACCUGCCAUUCACGGGGACGAUGACGCAUUUUAAAAAUUACCAAUUAUCUGUUAAAAUCGCAAUGGAUUGCGACACGUCAUCGGACGUAGCCGUUUUCGAAUAUUUCUGUGAAAAAAGCUGUGUCGUCGGUAGUCACUUCUUCUGGUCAGUUUAACCGUGCUUUUCUUCGUACACGAAAAGGUCUCGAGGUUUAACACUUUUUAACGGGAUCCAUGCGAGCUUGCCUCCGCACGAAUUGAUCCGAGCCUUUUCCAAAAUACUUUGUUCGAGCCUUUUCCAAAAUUUCUUUAAGCAGGUGUUACUAAAGUUCAGAAAGUUCAGACCGUUUGCACGGUAUCGUAUUCGUUGCGCACUGCAAAAUAUUCCACUUUAACGGUUUUCUCACAUGCAAAACGAUUAUUGCGUGCAGAAGUUUCAAGACUUUCUGAUGAACUAAGGUAUUCAAAAAACUAUAAUAAAUAGACUCGAGUGCUGAACUGAACGGUAACGUUCAAUGGAAAAAGUCGAAAAGCAGUGUUCCAGUAGCAAAGAAAUCUGACAACUCGCGUACCAAACAUUUCAGCAUCGAACACACGUGUUUCGAGCAAAAACACCCUCGAGCACAAUUAAAUUGCACUCGCUGAUCAUUUCCUCAAACAGUAGUGGACUCGUAAUACAAUCGUGGAGCUACAUGCUCGUGUUGAAAGGAGGCCGAACAGGUCAAGAGAUCCGCUUGAGAAAAAACGUAAAAUCUUGCAUGUGUACUUGACAUAGCCAGCAAUAUUCAAAUCUAUAUUAUAAAUCCGCGAGGCGUACAUGCUUUUUAUCAUGUGUGAGUCUGUUUUAACGACAUUGCACACGUGUUCGCGCAUCGGAGCGCAAUUGUACGUGAAAUUCAAGUGGGGCGAUGUAUGGACGUUGGCGCAAAUUUACGAUAUAACGGAGAACGAAAAUGCGUUUUAACGUUGUGGAGUAACGUGCGAACAUUCAAGCUGGCGUAUAUCCAACUGUAGCGUUGAAUCUUUUAUACAUACAUGUAUAUAUGGGCAGGAAGUAACGAGAAGCACGGUAAAGCUUGGUGCGUAUGUUGUGGGAAAAAUUUCAGAAUAUAUGUAUCUGAACGUUGAGAUGCCCGUGGCUGUAUGCUGGCUCUCUUUCGUCGACGCAACGACGUAAUAAUGCAUCGACAGACUGAAAGAUAACGAGAAGCGUUUAUUCGUUUGAAACUGCAUGAAAAUGUUGGAGCGAAGAGAAUUUUUUAAAAUGAAACGUUUUUUAUUCAUUUUAUAAUAUUCAUCUGUCUCAGUUGUUUUAAUAUCAGAUUAUUCGAACACCGCAUUUCCCACUUUCUUUUCGUCCUGCGAGUCUCAAGCCCUCUCGAUUGAGAGAGGUAAGCUGUUAUUGAAACAACACAAAGCGUGAAAACAAAUUCUCAAAUGACUUUCGUUGUAAAUAUAUUGUUCGUUAUCUCAAUUGAAACGGUAGAAUUAGGCGUUUUGAGACCAGUAUUAAUCCACCGAGAUUCGUGUUGUAUCACCAAAGGGCUUUACGAAGUUCGGUCUCUAUUUCAGAGUUUUGUUUAUCAUUUAAUUAUCGAUUAUUAUUUUUUAUGCGAAAGUACCAAUUGGAAUUCGACAGUGAUCUCGGACCAUGACACAUGAUUACGAACGAGAAUUAAAUAUUCGAGUAAACCUUGCAAUUUAAAUUAAUUGAAAUAUUUUGUAAAUUGCGGUGUAACGUUAACUAUUGAAAAGAUUAAACAAUUGGCUUGGUAGCAGUUUCUUGAAUUAUGAUAGAGAGAGAGAUAUGAGAAUACAAAUAAAUGAAUGUACCUGCGGCGAUAGUUACAAUUAUACACACGCAUAUACAACGCUAGAUUUAUAUCGGUGAGUUGAUUCUCAUGAAUGUCAUACUAAGUUUAAUACUAAAAAAAAAAAAAAAAAAAAAAAAAAAAAAAAAAAAAAAAAAAAUCUCCGUCCUCGGUGGCAGCCCCCUCCGGAUAUUAAUGAUAAAAUCUCUCUGCACCACUCCCAGAGAAAUCAUUUUAAAAAGUGUACUUCGUGUAAAAAACCAAAAAAAAAAAAAUAUUGCUUUACUUAUACCUUUAUUUAUUUUUGUAUACCCAAGAUUAUCCGUGCAACGUUCUGAAUACAAAUGUACGAAUAAUACUAAUAAUGUUGAUAUUAUACGUGUGUACUUUUGGAAAUAAAAAGAGACAGAAAGUACAUCUCAAUAUUUCAGAUUUAAAA